GAUCGCUGAAAGCAUCCAUCACUUUUCAUCUUCUGCAUAAUGUCUUUGGCUCCAGUCCAAAUUUUCGACCAACAAGCUACUGAAGAGAGAGCCGAGAAUGCUCGUUUGUCAUCCUUCAUCGGUGCUAUUGCUGUAGGAGAUCUUGUCAAAAGCACCCUUGGACCCAAGGGAAUGGACAAAAUUCUCCAAUCUGCUACAACUGGCGAGAUUAUGGUCACCAACGACGGCGCCACCAUCUUGAAAUCGAUCGCCCUCGACAAUGCUGCCGCUAAGGUGUUAGUCAACAUCUCUAAAGUUCAAGAUGACGAAGUUGGUGAUGGCACCACUUCUGUCUGUGUUCUUGCUGCCGAACUUUUGAGAGAGGCUGAGCGUCUUAUCAACCAAAGAAUCCAUCCUCAAACCAUUAUUGAAGGUUACCGUUUAGCUAGCGCAGCCGCUUACAAAGCUUUGGAAGCAAGUGCAGUUGAUAACAGCAACGAUCAGGCCAAGUUCCGUAAGGAUUUGAUCGACAUCGCAAAGACCACCUUGAGUUCCAAAGUUCUUUCUCAGGACAAGGAAUACUUUGCUACCUUGGCUGUUGAUGCCGUUCUCAGAUUGAAGGGCUCAACUAACUUGGAACACAUCCAAAUCAUCAAGAAGGCUGGUGGCAGACUCAUAGAUUCAUAUCUCGAUGAAGGUUUCAUUCUUGACAAGAAGAUCGGUGUUAACUGCCCCAAGCGUAUCGAGAAUGCUACCAUUCUCGUUGCUAAUACCCCUAUGGAUACAGACAAGAUCAAGGUUUUCGGCGCCCGAGUUCGCGUCGAUGCUACUGGAAAGCUCGCUGAACUUGAACGUGCCGAACGUGAAAAGAUGAAGGCUAAGGUUGAAAAGAUCAAGGCCCACGGCAUUAACUGCUUUGUUAACCGUCAGUUGAUCUAUAACUGGCCCGAACAGUUGUUCGCCGAUUCUGGUAUCGCCAGUAUUGAGCAUGCUGAUUUUGAGGGCGUUGAGCGUCUUGCUCUUGUUACUGGUGGAGAAAUCGCAUCUACCUUCGACCACCCUGAACUCGUCAAACUCGGUCACUGCGACCUUAUCGAAGAAAUCAUCAUUGGUGAAGACAAGCUGAUCAAAUUCUCUGGUGUCGCUGCUGGUGAGGCUUGUACCGUUGUCCUUCGUGGAGCUACACAACAAUUGCUCGAUGAAGCUGAGCGAUCAUUGCACGAUGCCUUGUCUGUAUUGUCACAGACUGUCAAGGAACCACGAACAGUCCUUGGUGGUGGAUGUUCUGAAAUGUUGAUGUCCAAGGUUUGCGAUGAGAUCGCCGCAAAGACUGCUGGUAAGAAGGCUAUUGCUGCUGAGGCUUUCGCCAAGGCUCUUCGCCAGAUGCCCACUAUCCUUGCCGACAAUGCUGGUUACGACUCAUCCGAGUUGGUUGCACAAUUGAGAGCCGCACACACUGAAGGCCACAAAACGGCCGGUCUCGAUAUGAACAUCGGAAAGGUUGGAGAUGUCAGAGAAUUGGGUAUCACGGAAUCCUUCAAGUUGAAGAAGCAGGUCCUCCUCUCUGCAUCUGAAGCCGCUGAGAUGAUUCUCAGAGUCGACGAUAUCAUUCGCUGCGCACCUCGUCAACGACAAGGAUAAGCUUUUCCCAUACUCCACUAGAUUUUCAAAAAAAAAAAUUGUUUAUACAGAGAACGCAUCUUCCUUCACGAGGUGUCAUUAAACUUGCUAUGAAAGAAAAAAAGAAAAAGUACAUUUCAAUCGUGUAAUCACCCAUUUGGCCGAUGUAUUGCAAUAAAAUCAAAAUAACGGAAACUACAUCAGAAAUAUACAGUCCUUUUAGAAAUAAUUUGCGCUGACAUCAUAUAAGUUUAGCUUCGUAUCAAAAUGUUGAACUCUGCCA